AGAGAGAGAGAGAAAGAGAAAGAGAGAGAGAGAGAGAGAGAGAGUCUGCUCGACGCUUGGACAACGUUGAUUUGGAAUGCGAUGUGGAGAGAUCAUGCAUGACCCUAUAUUGCUUGUACACACAUACGUUACCGUCAUACAUCUCAUGAAAACGUCGAUUGUAGUAGUGUUUCGUUCUUUCCUCUCUCUCUUCUUUCUCUCCCUCUUCCAGUCUUUCCAUCCACUCUCCUUAUCUCUUUCUCUCUAUCUAUCUAUCUCUCUCUCUCUCUCUCUCUCUCUCUCUCUCUCUCUCUCUCUCUCUCUCUCUCUCUCUCUCUCACUCUCGUGUUGGACGACAGCGAAUAAACGCGCGCGCGCUCUCGGGUACGCGGAAAAGCGCUUUCGGAUCGCAAAUACGGACGUCGGAGUGCGAUAUCGAAGAAACGAGAUCGAAACGUUCUCUCGUGAGAUGUCAAGCACCACGCGUCGUUAUGAUGGGUUGAGUGUCAUCCUCAAUAGCGAGAGCCUUUACGAGACUGUCAGAUUUAGCGAGACAACGACGUGUCUUCGCACGAGGGGCCAUCUCCUCACAGUGAGAGGAAAAGAAAAAGCGUGCUGUGCAUCGAGUGAAAGUAAGAAAAGCACUCUUUUCCUUCGUGAAAAGCGACACAAAGAACAAAGGAUCGCAACGUGGACAUACCGUUUUUCCAUAAUCGAUCAAGCCAAGCCACGAGAUCGUCAAUCGAUGUUCAAUCGCGAGCAAUGGAGCCCGAGAUACCUUUGAUACAGGGGAUUCUUCUUCUACCGCCUCAAGGAGUGCUAGGACAACUCAAGAAAUCGUGGCACAAAAGAUUUUGUCAACUCUUCAAGGCAAGUAAUUAUGGAAUUGAACGUCUAGAGAUAUAUGAUAAUCAUGAAGAAGCAAUAUUGCAAUUACAUUCUCCUCGUAUUGUUACUUUGGAAGCUUGUGUUAAAAUUGCACCAAGUAACCAUUCGCACGUAUUUACUGUGGUUACAAAGUCAGGCGUACAUUACUUUGGAUGUUGUUCGGUAGCAGAUAUGUGCCGGUGGAUCAGUGCAUUCCAAUUAGUUGCAUUUAAGGAUAAGUUAUCAAAACAAACAAUAGAAGAAAAUACAGACUUAUACUGUACAAGUGGUGAAGGAGUAUUUUCUGUUAAGGUAGUAGAGACAGACGCAUCUAAGCGUUGUGGUUUAGAAACAAGAACUUAUACCUUGGUAGUUGCUGCUGUUGAUAUUAAAUUGAUGGAUGGGGAUGUAGUCUUAUUCACAUGGCCUUACAGAUAUAUUAGAAGAUAUGGAUAUAGAGAUGGAAAGUUCACCUUUGAAGCUGGAAGAAAAUGUGAAUCUGGAGAAGGCUCUUUUUGUUUGGAGCAUGGUAGCCAGCAAGAAAUCUUUCGUUGCAUGUAUUCAAAGAUGAAAUCUAUGAAAAAAUUAUUAAAUGGAGACAAUAGCCCGAACAUAGAGUGCAAUGACACUCAAUAUCAUGCUGCUUUAUCUAUGGAAGCUGGCUCCAGAUCGCCAUUGCCUCCUUCUCCAAAUAGCUCUGCAAAUUUAAUAGAUAUAGAUUUUUCUGCUAUAACUCCAAAUUCUCAAAAACAGUUAAAUUCAUCUUCUAGUUCAGAUUCAACUCCUGUGUCAAGACCUUCUCCACCAAUCAUCAAACCAAAGCCCGCAAAACCACCACGCAAGAAUAUAUUUACAGGUUUACUAGACAAAAAAAAUAUCGAUGUGGAAACACUUGAUUUCUCUAGUUCCAGUGAACAAAAACACUUCAGUAGUACUAAUUCACCAGAAUCAUCACAAAAAAGUGUGAAUAGUUCUAUACUAGAAGAAGAAAAACAUUCCUAUGAUUUAGUAGAAGUUCGAAAUGAUGCUUGGAAGACUCAUGGUACAGACAACAUACAUCACACGGAAAGAUAUAAUCCUUCUUUAAUUAGGAAUAAUAAAGAUAAAGAAAAUAAUGAGGAUAGCCAAUACGAGAUGAUGAUGCCUGUUAACACAUCUCAGAAUUCAUCCAAAAAUAAAAGCAAUACUAGUGAAGUAAUUAGUAUUUCUUCAUCUAUAUUUCAUACAUCUUGUAAAAUGUCUGAGACAUCUGAUUAUGAUGAACUACAAAAUUUUGGCUCAGCAUCUAAACUUAUUCCAAUAUCCACGCAAAAAAUUUCAACUGUAUCUUCAACAACUCAAAAUACACAUAGUACAACUCAAAUUACAGUAUCAAAUUCUACCGCCGAUCCGAAUGCGACGUGGUCUAAUUAUGAUAUCGUUGAAGAUAUUUCUACUGUUAGAUUAGCAGAUGACAGUCAUCUUGGAUACGCUGUUAUUAGAAAAAAAACUCCCUCUGAAUCAACUUCCAUUAAUACGAAUAUGGGACCAAAGCCUAAAGUUUACAAUGAUGGUGAAUACGCGAUUGUAUCGAAACCAAAAAGGAAUUCCUAUGAUGAUUAUUAAUACGCUAGUCUUCCUGACCAUUGUCAACAUGUAGGAAUUACUUUGAAAGUAAGAAUAGAUUAUUUUAAAUAUUUGUGUAAGUUGACAUAUAAUGGGUUUCUUUUAUUUGUGUAAAGCAUGACUGAUUCAGACAUGGUGCCUUCGAUAAUGCUAUAAAAGAAAUAAUUAUAUUUGAAAUAUAUUAUAGUACACUCAUUCCAAUUCUUAUGAAUUUAUAUAUUAAAAUGAGAUAACUUUUGGACAUGUGCCUUAGUAUAUUUAGGUUUUAAACUGUCUUUAUUACAUUUAUCACAUAUAAUAUUGUACAUCCAUCUUCAAAAAUGUUAUUUAUGAAACAAAAGGCAUUAACUUAUUUUUAUAUGCCUAUGUUAAAAAAGAUAAUCCUCUUCAAAGAUCCAUAGUUUAUAUGUAUUAUCUAUAUUAAAUAAAAAUAUAUUAACGUAGGACAAUUUCAAUAAACAAAAGAUUUAAUCGAUUUAAGUCUGUGAAGUAUGUAUACAUGAACAAAUUUCUCAUGUGCCAAGUAAAAAUCUGCCAUGCUUUGAAAUAUUUAUAAAUUUUAGAUAUAGAUUUUAAAAAGAUAAUACUAAAAAUUAUUGCAAAUAAUAAUUUGUUAAUGUAUACACAAUCUUAAUAUAAUUAUAUAAAGGAUGAUGUUGAGAAGCUGAAAGCAUUCUUUAGAUCAUUAUUUCUAAAAUAUCUUAAGAAGAAUAUAAAUGGAUAAUAUUGUAAUAUUAAUAAAAAUUUAGAACAUACUUUAAAUAUAUAUAAAAAAGUUAGAAAUUUAUCAUGCAACAGAAAAUGUACAUAUA